AUGUCUGCCAUGCCUAAUUGCCAAAGUCUAGUGCUCAUAGUUGAAGUAGUAAUUUGUCAUUUCUUCAUUUUAAGGUAUAACAAACACAGGCUUAGCUAUGGAGAGGUGGUGGAACUGUCAUUUGAGAAGGGGCCAAGAUCAUUACAGCGGUUUUCUAAAGCUUCAAGAAUUGCAGUGAAUGUAUUCUUGAACAUCACACAGUUAGGGUUCUGUUGUGUGUAUAUAGUCUUCAUUGCUGCCAACAUAAAACAGGUUGUAGAUGUUUACGUUACUGGAGAUCUUCCACUGAGAGUCUAUGAAGUGUUUGUCUUUAUUGUACUGGUGCUAUUUGUUUUUGUAAAGCACCUUAAAUGGCUGUCCUACUUUGCCAUGCUGGCCAAUCUUCUGACAGCAGUAGGACUCAUCAUAGUGCUUCAGUACACACUGCGGAACCUACAACCAGUUACUGCUUUUCCUUUGUUUGCUGACUUUGCAUCCCUGCCUCUGUUUUUUGGUACUGCUAUAUAUGCAUUUGAGGGAAUAAGCCUGGUUUUACCUAUUGAGAACAAGAUGAGGACCCCGGACGCCUUUUCUGGCUGGGCUGGUGUGCUGAACCUAGGAAUGGUCAUAGUCGUGGCCCUGUACACGGCCAUUGGCUUUUAUGGCUACCUGUGUUUUGGGGAUGAUGCUCAAGGCAGCAUCACCUUGAACAUUCCCAACGAUAACUGGUUGUAUUUAUCAGUGAAGCUGAUGUUUUCUCUGGCUCUGAUCAUAACUUAUGGCCUACAGUUCUAUGUCCCCAUCCUGAUUGUGUGGCCACUUAUCAAGAAGCAUACACAGAGGUUCUCAUAUAUACAGAAAUAUGGAGAAGGCAUGUUUAGGAUAUUCUUGGUGUUAUUUACAUUGGCCAUGGCAGAAUUGAUACCACAUUUAGGUCUCUUCAUCUCAUUGGUUGGUGCUUUGAGUAGCAGUGCUUUGGCCUUGAUAUUUCCUCCAAUCAUGCACACUCUAACAUUCUGGCCUGACAGACUGGGUGUGUGUAAAUGGCAUUUAUUCAAGAACAUUUUGAUUUGUGCCCUGGGACUUUUAGGAUUUGCAACAGGAACUUAUGUGUCACUCUCACAGAUUAUCUACUGUUUUCAAAAUCCAUCAGCUCCAGUCUGUGAAGGUACUUAAAAUGAGGUUUCAAAGAUCUCUUUUGGUGCCAUCUUUUCUUUUUUGAGCCAUCCAAUAAAUCCCCUUCACUAUUUUUUCUGAUUGUUUUAAAUUCCUGCAAUCGAGUCCAGGUGUUUAUGAAGUUCUGUACAUUUAAUUUAAUGGUAUACCUACUGCUGUGUCGUAGUAUUUGUUAGAUAUAAUACAUAAGACGUUUUAAGCAAAUGAGGAUGUUGGUAGUUACUUUAGUCAGGGGCAGAUUUAGGCCGUCUUCUGGGUCUUCCGGAAGACGGUCAGAUUUUCAAGUUUACAU